AUGUCAACUUCUCUCGUAUUGAAAGAUGAAGAAGGUGUUUAUCUGGAGGAGGUUGGGUCCCACACAGGUCUACAGGAGAAGAAGGCCAUUGCAGCUGCUGAUUCCAUGGCGACGGAGCGCUUCCUCCCAUCCAGCGUUUUCUAUGUCGUUAAGGGCCUUGAGAUCACCAUAGUCUCUCCGCCCUCUGUACCUUUGUUACGAGGACACACAGUUCUCCGUAGGACUUGUUCUUCACGUCAUCGGAGAUGAUUGUUGAAGGGGCAUGGUCGCUGACAAUGGUAGGGAAUUGGUACCGGUUGAAUGACAGCCUCGUGUUAAUAGUAGUUUUUAAGCGCCCAGAGGCCAAUAUCUAGGCAAAGUUAACACUGAGUCAGUAGUGGUAGACCCAUAGUAAAACUGACAAUUGGUGUAAGACCUCGACACUCCACUAUGCACAACAGAGUCUAGAUGAGGAUUAAAAGCAAAGGAAGCGGAGGUAAUCUAGAUUGUGCGCGUCACCAUGACUCAGAUUAUUUCCCUAAGGGUUUGGGACUGCAUUGAGUUUUUGAAGUGCACGAGGCAUGGUCAUGACACAUUAAUUGGCAGCCUAUGUUAUGCAGGUCAGCCGUUUCACGACAUGGUAAAGGUGACUCCGAAAUUCGCUUACUCUUUGCUUGAAUGUCCGUUAUAGAGGAAAGCGUAUCGGGCAUCGAACUCCCCAGUUGUCGCUGGCCUAAGAAAUCGACCCCACUGACAGCCGAAAUGAUUAUUUUAUGGCAAACUUAUUCGCGCGAGAUGUAGGUCGGUUUCCUUUAUUUACGGUUUCUUACUGGUUUGUCUAGAAAGAGACGAACAAUACAGCCUAUCACAGUGAGCAAUAUCCCUUUGACGGACUGUGUGGAGGGCAUGGGAAUUUGGACGAGGGUGGUUGUUGUUGUUAUGACCCGCCUGGUACGUGAAAUCCUGUGGAGCGUAUGCGCACUCUACCCUUGUCCCCAAUACCAACGCGGCAGAGAAGGAGAACGCGACCGGCCACGAAACUAUGUAUGAGGAAAUUGCAAGUCACAAUUAACUGGAAGUAACGCGUAUUUAUAACGCCCUACGGUGCUUCGCCGGCGUUCGGCCCAAUGCCUUUCGGGAAGAAUAUUCGAGACGAGCCGGUCGAUAAUUCGAAUAUGCUGAUCGAUCAGGCCCGAGAGGAAAAGCCAGUGGAGAGGCGUCACGAGUAAGAUGCCAGCGCAGUAGAGAAAACGCACGUGGCCUCCAGUGAUUGGCUGACUCUUGUUUUUGGGAGUGUAGGCGCUCCCAACAGUUGUCUGUGAUGUUUUGAACGCAGCUUUCGCUUCCAUAGGCCACGAUCGGCUUUCAGAUGGCGUGUUUGUCCAGCAGUUGGACGAACCUCCCCUCUGAAACUACAACUUAAACCACUAGGACACCACCCCUCGGCAAAUUCAGCACAGUCCGUUUGUAGACCAUUUGAGCUUGGCCCACGAGCCUAUAUAUCGGCUACCACCACUGUCCCAGGACUCUCAGGCAUGACUGGACGGAGUUAACACCAGCCCUGACUUGGUCAGCGGCCACUGCCGCCUGAGAUGACAACCCAGGAUACUCCAUACAAUAAAUCCACCAACUAUUCAUUGAGUUCACCUUUUCACAACUUAUUCGCCACAGUUCCUAACACUAUAGUCGUGCUCCCACACUCAAUCCUAAUAAGGGUCGCCUAUGCGACAAAUCCGUACAUGGCAAUUGAUGGCAUCAUAUGUACAGCAUGGUAUAGUUUUCAGUACAUGAUUGUCCAACAUCCACCAAAAAGUGCCAGUGGACCUGGUCUGACCGUACAACUACGACAUGAGUCACCACCCACGCACUUCGUACGCCCCAAUAUUUUAUUGCCUGUAUGACAGGACUAGAUGGCUCGAUAGUCAUGUUUAUAGAUGACAUCAGACGAUGUGAAGCAAUCGAAUGAGACAGUGAUGACUGCGACCUGCAGGAAGGACUUCAUUGACGAUGAGAAGUGGUAAUAAUAGCAGACUAAAGAGAAACGCUUAUACACAAGCUAAAUACAUAUUUGUUGGAAAAAUAACACUGAAACAGUCAGGAAAACUCUGUAACGUCAAAUUAACGCGGGUGCAUAUAAUUACACGUCAUUACAUAUCACUAUCAUGUGUGCCCCGGUUCCAGUUAUAAUCUUCGCAGUACUCUUUCACGCAGCAAAUAUUGUGCUGAGAACAACAUUUUAACACGCGUUUUCAACCAGUCAAACAAUCAAUAAAACAGUUCAUUUGGAGUUUAUACCAGAAACCCUUCAAAACUCCGUUUAGGCGCACCGACCUGCCGGGAUCUAAGGGCUAGUUGGGUGGUGUUCACCAAGGUAUCGAGUCAGGCACCUUCCGUUUUUUUACUAUGCAUUACUGAUAUUUCAUUAACAGCUAAAGACGCUUAGUCCUGUACCGAUUAUCAAUAUUUUUAUCAUUAAUAUUAUUAGUACCAAUGAUAUUAUUUGAAAUGCGCGUAUUCUUCCCUUAAAGUCCAAGGCCCAACGUUGCUUUGAACAAAUUUCCUCACACCGAUUUUCGAUUUCCGAGUGAAACUAAACAUGCCUAAUUUACUCCUCACCUUCAAAAUGUCGUUAUAUGUUUCGGACCCGGAUAGCACGUUCCAAACAGUGAUUUUUGACAGUUCUCCCUUCGUAGAAUGCCCAACUACCGAAGACUUAUUUUUAAGGCGCCUGAAUAAUCUAGAAAAUUCGGUGCACGCCGACAGAAUUCCUGUCAGCUCUACUCACACUUGUGGCUCAAGUUAUUAUGAAUUUUACCGUCUUGAGAUAAAGUAUUGUAAUUAUCAUGUCUUUACCUUCUUUUGUUUAAAUAGCUGUCACUUCUACGACUCACUGAAAGCUUCUAGCUGUUCUAAAUUUGAAAAGGCUUUAAAAAGUUGUACAGGAGAACUCUCAUAUCAAACACCCCUAACUGCAUCCCACCUAGACAGCGGGUGGUCAACUUUCCUAAAAUUGCUCUAGGUUCUAUAGGUGUAAAUUAGCCUCUGUCUCCGUUUGCGCACUAAUAAGAGAUCCACCGUGGCAGAACUCUCUUAUCUUCUUUUAAAUGUUAAGAGUGGAGGUAACAAGAAGUAACAAGGCGUCUCAAACAAUUUUUAACACUCUCAGACAAUUGAGGCUGCUCUACAACAACGCAUUCGUUGUAGUGUGCUAACAGCACAUCGUUAAACUCGUCUGACUACGCAGACACAAGAUAAGGCUCAACUUUCAAUGAGAAAAAGCAGUAACUGAAAUAUAAUUUAGGCACGAAAAUUUGCAUGCCAUUAGUGUUUCAAUGUUGCUAAAAUACAGGAGGACCUCACUAUGUCAUAACUAGGAAACUCUGAGCGCUUCAACGCUCACUCCCUUAAACGCGUUGCCAUUUUUACAAUACAACGGUACAUACAUUAUGGAUAAGUUUUAGUCUAGAACCAAAAAGUUCUCAAGUACUUAGGCAAAUGAAGCAUUAAGAAACCUGAGGGUACCUUACUGCUGUCGAAAUGACCGCGUUAUCAACGUGCCAGUCAUGUGAAUUAAAAAUGAAACAUGGCAGUUAGCUUGCCGUGAGCCUAGUUAUAUUUAUGAAUUUCUUCUGAGUGUCACAGUGCUCCUAAAAGGUAUUCUGGCAGUUUCGACGCCUAAAAUUAGAUUACUUGUUAUUUCGAACGAGCGAGUUUGAGGGUUGUCUUACAAAUCCAGAGUUUCCAUUUUGGACGUCGGUAUGUAAGUCCGUUUUCCAGCGUUUGCUUUUCGGUAUAUGCGAAUGUCUGUUAAAAUGGAAAGAAAUAUAUUUAACGUCAGAAUUUCGUUAUUCGUACGGCCGGGAUAUAAUGCGUUCCAUGGACUCUUUUCCCACUCUGCGUCCUCCGAUUUCACGAAUUAGGUUUUUAUGUGCUUCCAUGACGUUGCGCUUUUUAAGCAUCUUAGGUGUGGUUUCGGUUUCUGGGUCCGCCCUUUACCUUACUGGUACCAAGGGUAUAAGCCCUGACCAAAAUGUUCGCAAACCGCGAUGAAGCCCUUAAGUGCAUACGCUUGGCUGAAAAACAUAUGCGGGAAGGCCAUGCGGAGACAGCCAAAAAGUUUAUCCGCAAAGCUGUGAGGUUGGAUCCAUCCGUCACACUCCCACGUAAUAAAUAACUUGUAAUAUGAUCUUUAGCGUUUGCAAGCGGCUUGUCUGACGAUAGCACGCCCCCUCGUCGACGAACUCCAAGUAGGUCUGGGGAGACCGCAUCGUCAAACACCCGGGAAAGUUCACAAGAGAGAAACUUCACAAAGGCAGAUAUUGAAGCCGUUAGAUCUGUCCUAACAUGCAAAGAUUUAUACAAAUUGCUCGGCGUGUCGAAGGAAGCAUCUGAGGAUGAAAUAAAACGUGCAUACAAGAGGUAUGAUCUUUUUGUCUUAUUCUCUUCCGAAGUUUGGCAAGGAAAUUUCACCCAGACAAGAACCGCGCACCUGGGGCCACGGAGGCCUUUAAGAAGAUAGGAUCUGCAUUCGCAACGCUUACAAACUCUGAAAAGCGUCGUAGGUACGACUUGUACGGCAGCGUGGACGAGCCGGCCCCGUCUGUCACUCGACAGCGUCAUGGCGACGUGUUCUACCAAUUUGACGCCCAUCCAGGUUUCGAUGGUGUGUCCCAUUGUUUUGGAAUUUUACGAUGGCUGCCUCUUAAAAGUCUGGAUUAUUUUCAAGCUACUAUAAUUGCAUUUUAUCAAUUUAAAUGCGUAAAACGGGUAGUCGUCUGUUUUCAGUCCAUCUUCUGUGACGCCUUUUCAGCCUGCACUCUUACCGUUCGGAUUUUACUCCCAUGAACGUUGUCACUUGACCUAUCUUUAAAGUUUUGACUUGACACGUCCGUCCAGCACCUGUCGCCUUCGGACUGAUAACAGAUCCUGUGGUGCCCCCUAAAAGCUUUCGUUUUCUGGUAGCCGGGCCUCCGCGUCGUACUCGUCGUGGUUGUCGUAUUCAUCACAACCACCGACAGUUCGGUCGUUGUCAGCGAUGACCGACCUCUCCACAGAAUUAUUCCUUGAUUGAUGGGUAAAGCAUUGAUGGUUAUCCACAAGAGUGUUUCCGAAUAGGUCAAUGUAGUGUAUGAGAAUAAGACGAUUUAAGAUCUGCAAUUCAUCUAAUAUCAGCAUAGUUCAGUCUGGGUCAGGUAAUUAUGUAUUGAUCCUGAAGGCUCUCUUGAUAGUCGCAACCCACGUAUUUUGCCUUUCGAGCCACUCAUUACCUUUGCAUCUCUCACAGUGUUGGCACCAGUAGAAUGCCGCCUACUUGUGGCAAUACUGUUACUUGCACAGGCCUUAUUAAUCCGGUUAUUCUCGAAGAGCAGACGCUAAACUUCUCUAGACAUUUAAAUCGUUGUCUGUUUGCAUAUUCACUAAAUUAGGUGACAGCAGUGUAAAUAGUAUAGCUCAUUCUUUUUCAUGAGCUCAAGGCAUUUACACCCUCAACAGCCUGUAUAUACUCCCUGCUGGCUUUCCUUCUAUAAAUGAAAGCUGUAAUGCGCUCGUUCGGUUUUGUAGUACGGCGUUGGGGUUCUCUUUUGUUGUCUUCUGACGUCUUCUUGGUCGGAGGCACAAUUGAGCCGAUUAGGUAGCCGAUCGUCCGAAAUUCGACAUCACACGUUGCUCUCGUCACAUCUAAGUCACUAUUUUCACUCUAUGUUGAGCACGUACUCCGACGACAGCCAGCGAAGUAAGCAAGGCUGGAUUUACAUUGUCUUCCACGGCUUUGGUGGACAGAAGACUGUUGGUCCUGGUCGGAUUGUAUUCUGCGCAUGUCUCCAGCAGCAGAAGUCCGUUGUUAUUGCAGUUAGUAAAGCCGACCAGGCUCCCUCUCCCAUGUACGUAAUCCUUUCUAACUGAUGGAAGCCACCGUGAAUAGACGUUUCGUCCCUAUCCAAGCUCCAAGCUCCGUGAUAUGAAAGUUUUCUUGACUCGGUCUUGACACCGGACCCUGGUGGAUGAGGAUAGAGUGCGGUAGAUGCUGCCCGCGUCCAAUAUCAUUAUAAACUAAUUCAUGCGCAAGUCACCGUUCCCGCUCUCACCCUGCUGUGGAGCACACGGUGGACAUAGGCGACAACGUCAGUUGAAAUCUCCGAGGAUAGCCUUCUACUCCCAGCUGUGCUUGUUCAGAGAAGCGGGUCUCACUGGUCGGCAGCAAUGUCUACACUGUUUCUGAAGCGUUCGAAGGCAACCAGAAGGUCCUUCUCUCAUCGGUUAUAUAUGAUAACAGGGGUCAGCCCAAUCGUCAGUGUGACCGAAGUCUCGCUGGCGGAUGGAGGAUGGGGAUUACAACGUCUUUAUCUGCCUCGCGUGUUUUGUUCAGCCCGCCCCCACAUUGACUGUGCUGCUGUUGGGUCAGACCAAACGGGAGCCAUAGUAUCUCAUGACAUUCACUAGUUUGAAUACACGGAGUCGACGUUAAUCCCCAACUACCGUCCUACAUCCAGCUACAUACUACAUAGUAGGUAGACGUCCAUCCCUCGUCAGCCACUUUCCCAUCGUCCCCGGUGAACCUGACUCGGACAAGCUCAUUUUGACAGUGGCGAGGUAAGAGACUGUGAGGCAAAUCCACUUCGGAUCAAACACUUAAUUUCUUCCCAAACCAACCGAACGCGCAUGGGAACUUCCACCUUGCUUCAACAUUUAAAAUUUGAGGGGUCUCUUAACCAUAGACUAACUCGUCGUCCUUUGGAACGAAUCCAAACUAUAACGGUUCGUUGGUACGGACUGUAUAACGCCUCGAUUUAAUUGGAUUGUUCAAGCCUCGUGUGUAGGAAAUCUGGGACCAGUUCUUGCGUUCUGCACGUAGGCUAACUGUUCAGCCAUGUCAGCCGCCGCACCCACGUCCAUUUUCGAUCGUCUUCAUUUUACCUCACCACGGGCAUACGGUGGUCGGGGCAAGAUUAAAGUAGAUUCACCAAUUAAUAAUCUCACUUCAGGCAAGUUAACACAUAAGCCAUAACCUCUCCCACCUCGCGGGGCAGUGGGCGACAUAUUCUCGCGACGAAUAAGCCACUAUUAUGUACAUCGGUCACGGUCAGUUGUGUACAUUACAUCAACUAGCACUUGUUUAAGGCGUCUUUUCUAGACCCCUCCACCGGAAGCGUGUGAGCGGUGGGCUGCCGACCAUGUCUGCAUAGACAUCCCAGACAGCGGCCGCAUCCCGAUGUAUCCCUUAACCAUUGUAGUGGGAAAACGACAUUCAAAUUGACAUGAGCUGCUGACGAGAUUGCAUCUUGUCCGCUCACUAGAACUCUUUAAGCCGAUUGAAGGGAGUCGAGUGGUGAAUAUGCUUUGCUUUUGAAAUCAGAGUGGGAGGGACUUGCGCAGCAUCGACCACACUCACUCCAGUCUCACCACGAUCAAGUGGUAAGUCUGCACAACGAUGCCUGAAACUGAGGCGAGACGCAACGACUGACCUUGUCCAAGUCUCGCCCAAGCGUGCUACGCGACUUCCUCCACCUAGCUUAACUCGCCAACCGAAACAGUUAUUAGGUAUUGGCAAAAUUUGCUUCUGUGGUCUUAUGCUCAGUGGCUUUGCUUUGCCCGUUGUCAGAUGUUCAGAAAGCACUUGAUUCUGUUCCAUACGUUUAUUGUGGAAAAUGGCUUCUGACCAUGGAGAUAACUGUGCUAUUUUAGAUGUGCAAUCAGUUCACAAACUGACAUAGUUUGUUACCGGCAUUGAAAUAAGGGUUAGCCGUCACAUGUGUGUAAGGCUUUGACGAAUUUUUAAGGACGACACUCCCGUUCACGAUUGUAUUUCUUUUUAACGUAUUCUCCUGACUGCCCAAUUAGAUGUGAUCACACGGAAGAAGACUGGAACGCUUAUAAACAGGAGCAGUUCAUUCGCCCUGUUCGGUAGUUGUGGUUGGUGGCCCCGCCUGUUGAAUGCCGGACGAGCUGUCUACAUUGAGGGGGGGGGGUUAUCGUCAGUAUAUUAUAUCACAUUUAACGCGGCCAAGCCAUAUUAACGAGCAGUCAGGAAAAAGUGUGUCCACACCUUUUACGCCCGAUCAUGCUUGCAAUUAAAAAAAACUGCCAGUAUACACGAUCUCGGCCGCCAACCGAGUAUGCAAUGCGAAGCGCUUACCCUCUCUGUUUGGGGAACUGCAACUAUCACACCAUCAAUUAAAUAAGUUGCAGGGUCUUGAAUUGUAGUCGGCGACAAAACUGCGUACCUGCUGUCUUCAAAUCUUCUUACUGAGCCCUUCACUUCGUCUGUUUACACUACAGUAGGUGGCUUGAUAACUCACAAAUUGAACCUCGUAACUCGCCUUUACUCCCUGCUGACUAAACAGAACGAGCCAUUUCCAGCUGGACCAUCGCCUCCUGCGGCAAUUGCAUUACUGGCCUCCGUAAUUAGGGGUUGAUCACUGAAACAAGUCAUUCAAACAAACUAAGGUUUCUCCAAGAGUCUGUCACAGUUCGACUGUCCAUAUGCAGUAUGGCCGGCGCAUUGAUCCAACUACUGCGCACCAGUGCAAAUUGUGUAAACUCUCCCUCCAACAAUGGUUCCAAUUGACGAAGCAGGUGUAAGUGCCUCGUUACGGCAGAUGGAUCGAACUCUACGAAAGCAGUUUGCAUUAAAGGUGCCCCAAAGAUGCGUCAGGCUGCCGUUUGUUGUUGGUUACUACUGUGAUAGUGUCAUAUGCAGUCGGAUUUCGGGCCUUAUCCGAAGCAGUGUCGGGCAGUCAAACUCUUGGGAAGCUGACGACACCGGUAUGCUGGGCAGUGGAUGCUGACCUUCGAGGUAUAAUCAUUCCAAUGGCUUCCGCAUAAUACUACAGGGGCAUAGUUGCCUGACUCCCAUGUGUUGUCGCCUCCUCGGAUAGUAAGACAAUGCCGCUGAGUUGUCUGAUUGGUUGGGGAAGAACUGACCCCCAACCCUGGCGUAAUGCGUCAGAUUGUGCUUUGUUCAGCCAUAGUCAUUAAUGUCCUGGCAUUACUUCCCUCGUUUAUGGCUUUCGUUGACCGUAUAACUAUUGUUUGCUCACAGGAUGCUGGAACAUAUUUAAAACGUUUGACCAGUGCUGCUCAAUUAAGCAGACAACAACUUAGACCAUGGGUCCUCAAACACAUUUAUAAUAAUAAUCAUGGUUAUUACUAUCUGGCACGGACAGAAGUGAUUUUAUAUACAAAACCCUGAACCAGACAGAAAAUUCAGUUCUUUUGCUGUUGGUCUCAACUCCUAAUCGGUUUUUUCUGUCCUAUCUGGACCUGUCUCUCGACCGCCGACGUAUUUGACCUCCCAUGCCGCGCGUUUCUGUCUCCCUCUUGCGCAGUGGGGUAUGCAUUAAACAUUGCUGUUUUGCCAACCAGCGUGAUUCCAGUACGUCUCCCAGCCAGUCUGUCCAACAGGCUUAGCGCCGUGCAGUGUUGAUUAGAUGGGCACCUACGGUCGUUACCAUUGUGAUUGUCAAAUAUGCCCAGACUCCUGCAAAUGUGUCGCUCCGCAUGGUAAAAAGCAACCUAACGACCGAGUGGCUUGGAGUGCCGAACUCGGCUUAUUUAUUCUCAAAGGAGCUAAGCACAACAGCUCGACAGUCGCAUUCGGUGAGCACAAAACGGGGACUUGCGCGUAAAUUAGUUUAUGGUAGUAGUAGACCUGCAAGACAGAGUCAGAUCGACCGGUGGCGGGUUCGGGCGAGCUAAAAAACGCUGAUGACUUACCAACCGAGGACUCGUUUAUAUCUCUCUAACUUCAACUAUUGGUACCAGCUAAUGCCACUUGACGCAACUUCAUUAAUGCCAGUGGAGACUAGAGACUGAUGCAAUUAAUAUCUACACUGCAUCACAAACUCCAAUUAUUAGACCAAUCGUUUGAUCCGGAUCUUGCGUACUCCCAUUCACGCCUUCCCUCAUAAGGGGGCCCCUGUGUAUCCCUCCUUCCCAUAGACAGUCGGUAUGCUUUGCAUAACCCGUUGCGAAUUUCAGGCAGCACAAACCAUCAAAUGUCGCCGCUGCUAUUUGCACACAUGCAGUAGCCUUCUCUGUUCCAUGCGAACUUACCUAUCUUCGCCAAAACAGAUGGUUAUUACAGGCAUGGUUAUCUCAUCAGGAUUAGCUGUGAGAAUGGAUGCCCUCGAUGUACAUCUUAGGUUUUCAAGUGUUAAUGUUUAGAAUGACCGCGGGCGUACACGACCCCCAUUUUCCCGGAGGGGACUCAUUGAACCCCCAACAGUUCUGCUAACCAUUGAUUCUGUUGGGUCCCUACUAAUACGGCGCCCGUGUACGAAAACUUAUGGGCAACAUGUUAGGUCAGAACGCCACCGAUCUGCCUGCUGUUACAAGUGUUAAUCCACGCACCUCAAAAGUCCCCAAAAUUUCCGUCAUUUUAACCCUUGAUUUAUCUGUCUUCUUAUGCCCGCACGAGGCCGAAUUUUAACCGCCAUUCCAACUCUUCCAAUUGACAACGAGAUUCUUAAUUUUUCUAUUUUGGAUCACCUCCGUUUCUUCCAUCCGUCAUUGCCCCUUUCAUCUCUUUUUUAGCCGAUGUGUUCAAUAUCUUCUUCAAUGGGGGAUUUCCUUUCGUUUACCGAAAUCAUCGUGCCCAGACUCACCAGCCCAGAGAAUCCGAACGUGAGGUGCGCUCCUUCUCACAACCUCGUCUGUUAGAUGCAUCUUGUAUUGUCUUUAUACCCAAACAUCAUGUUCUCAGUGGUACCGUAGGUAGUCAGUUUUUCGCGUUAUGAGUUUAGUGAAAAUUGCGUUCUCAUCCACCAUAUACAGUUAUCAAAUUUAUUUUUUAAACUGCACUUAAUAUGGUGAAUAGGUGUUUUGGCAGCUUUUAAAUGAUUCACUUUGACUCAACUGUGAAAAAACUCGGCGCCUCGGUGGAAUUCCAACCCGCGACAGCAAGGACAGGCUUUAGUUCAGCCCUCCCUUGCUGUCGUGGGUUCGAAUCCCUCCGAGGCACCAAGUUUUUCACAGUCGGGUCAAAAGGACUUAGUAUGGUUAUGUACUUUCUGCCAUUAACUUUGGUCUCGCCCGAAGUCCCAGGGCAGAGUGCACAGCGUGUGUUAACUGCAUGUGAGCGCUGACUGAUCUUUUAGGUUGACUGUUCUCCACGCCACCCAAUAAAUGAGGUCCUCGAAUUUCACAGUCAGCCAUAUGUUUCUCGGACCGGCCUGAUAAAUAGUUUCACCGCCUUCACCAGGUCAAACACGCAUUACCGAAUGCCGGUUUGGGUCACGACGCCCCUCAUCUCCCUCAAUCGUGACAAUGAACACCCGCCUUUGUCCUGCCUUUAUCUAGUAUAAGAGGACGCCAAACUGCUGGCGAGGUGUGCAUUUGACCGUCUUCUCACUCCAGCAUAUUUGUCAAGAUGGAGUCUGCACCGGGCGAGAAGGCGACCGGGCUAUACUUCCAUGCCAAGGUCCUUAUCAGCUUAGUAAUUAUGAUCCAUGUUGUUGUCGUCGGUGCUAUUUUUUGCAGCUGCUAGAUUGAGCUUAAUGCCAGUAGUACGCACACGUUGAAGCCACAGACACCGCUGGGGUAGUUCGACCAGCCCGUUCUUGUCGGAUGUCCCCUGAAUUAGUUGUAGCCUUGAUCGGGGGCAGGGGGGGGGGACGAGCGUCGGAAGUGAACUUCGUUUUUGGUGGGUUUUGGGCCACCGUUGGACUCUAGACGAUGGAGCAGUACUGUUAGAAUUUACCAUCACUCGCAACACGUUAUUUGGGUCGCUUGCGAUGAAUGCGUCAAUCAUCGAGUCCAUGACACGUAGAAAAUCCAUUCUCCAGCCAACAGUGCUGACGAAUUCAAAACCAAACCAUUUGGUCAAUAAAAGUGCAUGUGAGAGAUGUCACCACGUCAUGCACACUUUUAUACAUGCUUAUAAAACGCCGAAGUCGAUCAUCAGUUGCCGGCAUUCGCAACAAACGUCCUAGCCUAAAGGCGUCGGGAUUCAGCAGCGAUGUGUGUUCCAAAGCGUCAGAUUUUAGGUGUUGGGCCCCAGACAUUCCCUCCACUGUCAGCACAAUCAGCGUAUAUUGCAGUUGGAUAGAUUGUCCCUCAAGUAGUAGACCUGUUUGUCAUUUCAAUCGAAUUUUUGAGGAUGACAACCCAUUGUUUUUGUAAAUAACACACGUGUUGUUAUGGUUUACACAUUUAAUGUCACACGAAACAUUGCCCUAAACAUGUCAUUCACAGUUUUACUUUUUGGAGCAUUGUUUCACCUGUGUUCCUCGACGACACUUUUUCUGACCUAAACCAGCGAACUUUUCAAGCGAAUAACCGCCUUUUUGACUGCUGGCUUCAGUUUGUGCUAACAUCCUCUUCUAUGCCUUUCAUUUCCAGAGUACCUACUUGGCAUACGUACAGAUACUGCCACUCCUGAUUCUCUUUGGUCUGUCCUUCUUCAGUAACUUAUUUGUCAAGGAUGCGCCCUUCAGCCUCACGCGCACCACGUAGGUUUUCCUGCUCUCCCCUGACCCCCUCUCCCAAUUUCCUUUUAUGCCUUUAAUGGCACCUUGAUAACGAAUACCUUUUUGCUAACCUUCAGCAAGUACCCAGUGGAACGAGUGACCAACCAGCAUCAAGUUAACUACUACGUGAAACCCACCUUUUUGGAGGAGUUCGACGGUAACCUCGCACACAUGGAAUCGCAGGUUGAAGAGCAGUAUGUCUACUACCUGCGUGAUCGAUGCUAUAAGGAACAGAGCCAGAGUACGUGAUUAACAGGCCUCUUGUUUUUUUCUUCUUGCAAGGUUUCCCAUGACGUAACUGAACCCUCACUUUACCCGCCCCGCACCCUACGCGUCCAUAUGGCGGCAAAUGGUAGAACGAUUUUCAGCGAGUGUGAUCAGGAAAGUAAGCGGGGUUGCAUCUAGCAAACAGGCUGUCGUGGACUAGCAGCGACAGUGUUGCAAGGGUACGGACGGCUGAGGUCUCGAACACCAAAUGCUGUGCAGCCCUACGCAAAGUUCGAUGGCGACAUUGAAAUAUGUUUCCCUGAACCGACAUUUGCUACUUUGUUUUGCCGCCGCUGCCCUGUGGCCCGGUAUAGAUGGAACAAAAGACUACAGAAAACAGGCUCGAUGCAGUAGUUGUCGGAAACCGGCCUGAGUUGAUAACCUCCGAUACACCAUAAAAGUUGAAGCCAGCCUGGGUUCUAGAGCAACGGACCAGGUUACUGAGUAUCAUUCCUGUACCUUUACUUGAUACGGCCGUGGCUACGUGCUUUCUAGCUGACCUCAAUGAUGUGGCAAAUUGUGUUUUCACGCGUGAUGAUCCCCGCCAACGGGUCUGGCGAGCGCAGCCUACUACUUGCGCCAGCAGCGAAGAUCGCACGCUGAGGGUUCGAGAAUCACUCAGGGGUCCAGGUAGAUCGUGCCGAGUUCGCUUUUGGAUCUACCUCCUAGCUCCUAUAGGGAUGGCGAUGUUAAGUUUAGGACGUCUUCCUUGAAUUGCCUAUGUCCUAGGUUUGCUGUCGCAGCAAUUACAGACUGUUCAAUUCCAGGGGUGUAGGCAUUAAGAGAAUCAUUCUCACACAGGGUUGGUAGAAAUGUCUCAGUUUGCUCUUCAUCUUAACACAGGCCCAGAACGUUUGGAUUUUCAAUGCACGCUGGUUUUUGUGCCGACUGAGGUGACCCCAUUGGGUCCGUAGAUCUUUUCAAUCAAUUUCUUAUCUUGUUCAUGUAGCACUUACUUGCGAAACUCUUUACUUAAGAGGAUGAGCAUUAACGGUUAUGGUGUCUAGUGACGGUAGACGGGCUGAGUCUGUUUAGCUGGCAUGAGACGCAAAAUAAAGUUCAGUUGUUCAUUUCUGUUUCAUAUUUGUCCGUCAACCCUCCUAAAUUUCACCACUUAACCAACUGGUGCAAAACGAUAGCGAAUUAGGCGUGUGUCCCUUACCGCCACUCGUUAUGCUGUCGGGUGUGGAAGGAUAUGCCUGGCAAGGCCUGCUGGUUAAAGACAAGUCGCAUAGGGGUUAAUGUCACGCCAUAUUUACAAGGGUCUGUAGGAGAUCUGGUGGGUCGAGAUUAGCUAACCCUGUCGGGAAGUUUUGUCCGAUCCAGAAUAGCGAUAUUCAUCACAUGGUCACAUUGGCAGUCAGAACGAAGACGGGUUGGUGUGGCAGACUUCUGUCAGGUUUCCUAGGAGGCACUACAAAUCUGCCGGUCUGCUAGCCGUUUGCGCACAUGUCUGUUUGUAAAGUACUUGACUGGCAAACUUCUGCACAACUGCCACGACCACGAUAAUUAAUGCAGAUGCGCAAAGUCUCCUUUAAGUUAGAUAACGGCUAGGGCUGAAUACGAUUUUCGGGCACGUCAUCCUGUCUCUGGGCCGUGCGUCAGUAGUGGUAGAGUGUUAAUGUUGAGCAUCAUGCGUUUUUGCGUUAGACGGACAUCACCACUUACGGAUAGUCCCAUUGGCGACCAACAGCCCCAACCGAGAUUAGUAACAAUACAAACCGUUUCAUCCACGUUAUUUAUCAUUUACUCACGGGACUUGCAUAUCUAGGAGGCGGCCAAAGAUGGGAGGUUCAGCCAAUUAUACGACCCCUACUUGAUGGAAAAUACUUGCUUUGAAUUACUUCGCAUGUACUCCCUUGUGUUUUCUGACAGUACCUCGAAGCUCUCCACGCUUUUCCAGUUUCAGCUUCACCUGAAUUCUCAUCUCUCUUCUAGGGGAAGCACUAAUGCACCGAGCGAGGUAUCUACGUGAUCCUGAUGCCUUUCAGAAAGCCAAGGACUACCCCACGCCCAGUUGCGCUCGAUUAACAGCAAUUUACGGCUGA